AUGUUCGAAGAAAAACAUAUCAAUGAACAAGCAUUUCGUGAUCUUUUCACUUUAGUAGGUCCUGUCUAUGGAUAUGGUUUACCACAAGUAGCUCUGGUUCGUAUUCAAGCUAUUCUUGAUUUCUAUGAUAGAUAUGCGCAUAUUGGUAAUCCGGAUAAUAUCACAGAUGUAGCAAAUUAUUUUAAAUCAUGUGCACCAAUCGAUGCUGAUUGUGCUCCAUCACUUCAAUUGAAAUUUUGGUCAAACGACAUUCAACCAUUUUUCGAACGAAUAAAACGAAAUCGUCCGAAUAUUUAUCAUUUAAUUAUGAAUAAAACAUCGAUGCAUGUCAUACCAAAAUGGUCAACAAAAACACCAGCAUGUGAUAGAGAACUAGAAUUUCGUUAUUCAUUUUCUGCUAUUGAAUUAAUACUUGCUCAACAACGGCAAAAGGUUCUACCAUCAUAUUUUAUCAAAACAACAGUACUAUGGAUGUGUGAAACAAUGGAUCUUUCUUCGGAUACUGAAGAAAUAUUAGCACAAAAAUGGCUUCAAUAUGCUAUCGAUCUAUUGGAGAAACAAGAUUGUUCACACCCUAUUAUUCCCAAUGUGAAAAUACUCGGACCGUAUUCUGCUGAUUCAAUACGAACUGCUCGAGAAAUUUUAUUAAAAGUAAAUAUAAACGAGAUCCACGAGAUAGAAAUGUUUUCUGCUACGGAUCAAGAAUUCUAUCGAAAUAAAUAUCAUGAGAAUAUUGCUAAUUUUCUGAGUCAAUUGAAAGCGAACGAUAUUAUUUGUGCUCUUCGUGAUUAUCAACAACUUCAACGACAAUGGAUUAGUUUAGACUCAUCACAAAUAAUUAUUGACAAUGAUGAAAUUGAUAUGAAUGAAACAUUGACUAUUCUCAAUACAUUACGUGGAUUAGACGAAGAUUAUGAAAAUUGGGGUGGGUGUGGUAUCAAUGAAACUAAUAUUACUACAUUUAAACGUUUAUUUUUUCAAAAACCAUUAAUCGACGAACUUGCAAAUUGUCUUCAUGAAAUAAUUACAUAUGGCAAAUACUUGAAUGAUCCUUUGCAUCUGCGUUCGGUUAGCUCCUUACUAAUAGCAUUGAAGAAAAUUCGAAAAUACCAUCUUACGACAAUUGAGUAUUCGCUAAUUACACCAAUACUUUUUGCUGCUACUGAAUGUUUGUGCUCAUCGUAUGCUGUUGACAUGAUCAAAAGUUUGGAACGAAAUUUCGUUCAAAAACUUGAUGAAGUUCAAAUGCUAUUUCUUCAUGCUAUACCAUUCUAUUUAAAAUGGUACUGGGAGAAUUGUGAUCCUGAAAAUUUUAUCAAAAUUUUACGAAUGUUAUUGAAUGAAUAUACGGUAUGGUUUACAAGUUGUCAACCAGAUUCCUAUGUUCAACGUUCUUCUGAGAUCGAUAGUAUGAUCCGUAAUCUAAAUUAUAUUCUCAUUCGUCCAACUGAAUUUGAUAGUCUGAACAUUUUUAGUGAAGAAUUUUAUCAUGACUAUUGUAAAUUAGUUUGGCAUUGGUCAUCAAUUUUGUCAUCAAUCUUAGCAUGCUCUUCCUGCAUAACGAAUGUCAAAUCAGCAGCACGAACUAGUGUUCAAACAUUCUAUAAUUUCACAUUACAUUCAAAUGUACUCAAUUUUAUGAAAACUAUACCAAGUUUGAUUUCAAUGCUUCUGAAAGUAACUGAUCUUGAUCAUGAUGAAAUGCAACUUAAUGCAUAUCGUUGUUUGGGCAAAAUUAUGAUCGAAGCAGAUAUUAAAACUAUGACGAAGCCGAGUAAAAUUGCGGCCGUACACAUUGAAUUUCUGAAAGAUACUAUUAAUGAUUGGAAACAAUCAGAACGAUUUUAUAGUCUAUUGGAAAGUUUGAAAAGUUUUGUUCAACACGAUCAAGUUAAAAUUGAACUGAUAAAACAAGAAGUUCUUCCUCUCCUAGUAACGUGUUUCUUAGAAAAUCCAUCUGAGUCAAUCAAAGUACAGCUAGUAGCUCUUGAGAUUCUUUUUGCUCUCUCAUUUCAUGAAUUGGCUUGUUCGUUUCUAAAACAAAAUGAAAAUUUCAUGAAUCGCAUUCGAAUCUUUUCAAGCAAAACGUAUUCAAAUCAAUUACGUUUACAACGAGCUGCCGAAGGACUUCUUUGGAAAUUAGAAAAAGAAGGCGAAGCUGUUGCUAAACCAACUACUUUGACUUCAUACAAAUACGAUGUCAUGAUAAGUUAUUCCCAUAAAGAUAAAGAAAUAUGUCUUCGAAUUCAUCAACAAUUAAUCAACGAUGGAUUUCAUGUUUGGCUUGACAAAGAUUGUUUGCGUGGGCCUACCAUGGUUGGUAUAGCGAAUGCCAUCGAAAAUUCUCUUUAUGUAAUGAUAUGCAUGUCAAAUACAUACAAACAAAGUGUUUAUUGUCAAUCGGAAGCUCAUUAUGCAUUCGAACGAGGUUGCCGUCUUAUUCCGAUCAUUGUUGAAUCGAAUUAUAAGCCUGACGGAUGGCUUGGUAUCAUUGUCAGUGGCAAGAUCUAUGUUGACUUUAUCGUAGAUGAAUUUAACCUGGCUUAUGAAAAAUUGAAGAAUGAAAUUAGUGAACAACGAUGUCAAACUUUGAUUCAAUUGCAGAGAACAUCAGAAGAAAACAAUCAGAUCAAUAGAACUUCCAUGAUUCCAGAACAUGCUGUAUUAGAUUCUGAAUCGAUCAUGUAA